AUGGCUAUAAGCAGCAGCGAUCAAGAUGCCACCCUCGACAACCCCUUCGGGCACAAGGCGGAGCUGAAAAAGAAGUUUGGCUUCUUCUCCAUGCUCGGCGUUGGUUUUGUCAUUACUGGAACCUGGCCAGCCGCUGCGUCGGCGCUGAGCAUCGCUCUCCCAUCCGGCGGCCCCGUCGCCAUCCUCUGGGGGCUGGCUUUUGCAGGGCUCGGCCAGAUGGCCGUGGCUCUCAGCCUGGCCGAAAUCUGCUCUGUGUAUCCCACCAACGGUGGCCAAUACGAGUGGGUUGCCGUGUUGUCCGCGCCCAGGUAUAAGAAGUUCCUGAGCUACGUCUGCGGCUGGGUCCUGACUGCCUCGUGGUGGGCUCUCGCUGCCACUGGCCCGUCUCUGGCUGCCAACCUCAUCAUCGCACUGAUCCAGCUGAUGAAUGAGGGGUAUGUUUUUAAGAAAUGGCAUAAUUUCCUCAUAUAUUCCGCUAUCGAGGUCGGCGCGGGCUUCACCAAUGCCGUUGGCACGGCUAUUAUCCCAUUCAUGGGCAAAGGCGCUUUCUGUCUCUCCGUCGGCGGCUUUGUUGCCAUCUCGAUAACACUGCUGGCUUGCACCGCGCACAAAUAUCAAAAUGCAAGCUUCGUCUUUGGCGGAUUCAUCAAUACCACCGGCUGGAACGAUGGUGCAGCGUGGCUGCUAGGCUUGCUACAAGGCGCCUUUACGCUGGUUGCGUAUGAUGCCACCGUUCACCUGAUUGAAGAGAUGCCUAACCCUCGACGGGACGCUCCAUGGACCAUGGUGCUGGCAGUUGCUACAGGAACUGUAACGGGCUUUAUAUUCCUUAUGUGCGUUUUGUUCUCUGUCCAAGACGUGGACCAGCUCAGCACAGCAGCAAUCGGACCAAUUGUCUCGAUUUUCAGUCAGGCCACUUCAUCUAAUAGUGGCACUGCUGUAAUGACCGCAAUUAUUAUCAUUAUUCUCUGCUGCUCGUCGACCGAGGUGGUGACGUCUUCCUCUAGACUCACUGCUGCUUUUGCCAGACAGGGCGGGCUGCCACUUUCAAACUUCUUCGCCCGCCCUAACAAGAAACUCGAUUUGCCUCUGAACGCCAUGUUCCUAACGAACGGAGCAGUUAUCAUCCUGGGUUUGGUCUAUCUUGGUGCCUCAAGUGCUUUCAAUGCUAUUGUAAAUGCUUGCCUGUUCGGCCUCAGCCUCAGUUACCUGAUGCCCCUCGUGGUUCUGGUGCUCCGCGGGCGCCACAUCCUCCCCCGAGGUGAAUUUGCUCUCGGAAAAUGGGGCUAUCCACUGAAUAUCUUUGCUAUUAUUUUCCUCUUGCUCAUCCUUAUCCUUACUCUCUUCCCGCCCGAUGCGAAUCCAACAGCAGGCACCAUGAAUUUCGCCAUUGUAGCUAUUGGUGCUGUGAUUUUACUUGCAACAGUUAACUGGUUUAUCCAUGGCCGUAAGAACUAUGAGCCUCCUGUUAUUCAUAUUAUCGAUCUAGAUCCUGCUAUAAACCUACCACCAGUGUCUAAGGCCGCCGAAUCCGCUUAG